CUUGCAGAACCCAUUUUCAGUCAAAAGAAAACUUACCUCUACCAUUACGAGGGGGUGGUUCUGACAGGCCUCCCAGAAGAUGGUUUGGCUAAGGGAGGCCUUAAGAUCACCAGCAAAGUGCAGAUUAGCUCAAUGGGCGAAAAGAAGCAUCUCCUCAAGGUCAUCUCACCUCAAAUCCUUGAGUACAGUGGGAUCUGGCCGUCGGAGGAGUUUAUUCCGGCUCGAAAGCUGACCCGGAGUUUGAGCGCGCAGUUGAGCCAGCCCGUGGUCUUCGAGUACACGCGGGGGCGAGUCGGGAACCUGUUCGCCCCUCCGGACAUUCCCGAAAACGUCCUCAACAUCCACCGAGCCAUCCUGAACAUCUUGCAGAUCAGCAUCAAGAAGAACCAGAAUAUCUACGAGUUGCAAGAGAAUGGGUUGGAAGGUGUCUGUCACUCCAGCUACACCAUCCAGGAGAACAAGAAGGCCAGACAAAUCGCCGUCACGAAGGCCAAGGAUCUGGACAACUGCCAGGAAAAGGUCUCGGAGACAAAAGGCAACGAACUCUCCCAGCAGUGUGACACCUGCCAACAGAGAGGCAAGAAUCUUCGGAGCGUUUCCACGUACACCUACGCUUUGAAAGGUGUGGACGGGGGAGCAGAGAUAACUGAGGUCGUCAGCCAGGAGACCCAUCAGUUCACACCGUUUAAUGAAUUGGAUGGUGCAGCCAGCACUGAAUCAAGGCAGCAUCUGUACUUGUUGGAACGUAAAGACCAGGCCCAACACAUGCCCAGCAACCCCAUGGAGAAGCGGGUGGGUCUGAGAUAUCAGUUCUCCAACGAGCUGUCGCAAGUACCAAUGCAGUUGGUCAAGACCUCGGCUAACGAUACCAAGGUUGCCAAAGUGCUGGAAGAGUUGGUGCACCUCAACCAAGAGAAGGCUCAUCCAGAUGCUCCCCAGAUGUUCCUGCAGCUGAUCCAGCUGUUGCGUUCGGCCGACACGCACGGCCUUCAAAGCAUUUGGAAAAAGAACGCCAACAAACAGAGCCACAGGCAGUGGAUUCUGGAUGCCAUCCCCACCGCAGCAACGCAUGAAGCCGUGCAGUUCAUCCAGGCCAAGAUUGAGCAGGGGGAGUUCUCCCAGUUUGAAGCUGCCCAGGCUGUUGUCUUUGUCCUGCACUCCAUCAAACCCGAUUGCCACGGUGUGGACAAUGCCACGAUGCUGUUGUCCAGCCCCUACAUGCAGAGGAACCCUCUCCUACGUAAAAUCACCUUGCUGGCAUAUGGAUCAUUGGUGCAAAGGUACUGCACCACCAUCCGGAUCUGUCCUGAUGAAGCUCUCCAGCCGCUCCACGAGCUGGUGGUGGAAGCCGGGAGCCGGGGUCACGAAGAGGAGACGGUCCUCGGCCUGAAGGCCAUCGGCAACGCGGGCCAAGCGGCCAGCCUGAAGCGCAUCCAGAAACUGCUGCCCGGCUUCAGCAGCGGGGCCAGCGGCGUCUCCAACAACAUCCAUGCCGCCGCCGUGAUGGCCCUGCGCAACAUCGGCAAGAAGGAGCCGCGCAAGGUGCAGAACAUCGCCAUGCAGUUGGUGAUGAACACUAGGAACCGUGCUGAAAUGCGUAUGAGGGCCUUCAUUGUGCUGAUGGAGACCAAACCAUCCCUGGCCUUGAUCACAACCGUGACGGACUCGAUGAGCAGAGAGACCAAUGUCCACCUGACCAGCUUUAUAUAUUCCUACAUGAAAUCACUGGGGGGCUCCUCAGUGCCAGAGCUCCAGUCACUAGCCGCCAUUUGCAACAUCGCAGUCAAAAGGCUGAGCCAAAGGUGCGACAGACUCAGCUACAGGUACAGCAAAGGAUUUCACUUUGGACUGUUUAGAGAUAAGUUUUUGGCUGGAAUCGAGGGCAACCUUUACCAAAUCAAGAAGUCGGAAGGGAUUCUCCCGACGACCUUGAUCGCCAACUUCAAGUCCUAUGGCCUCGGCGUCUCCAGCGACUUUUUGGAGGUUGGUAUCCAGAUGGAAGGAAUACACCAUGCCUUGUCCAAAGGCAGCCAAUCUUACGGGAGAGGACUGAGGAACAAUGACACCGAACACAUUGUGGGAAAGGUGUCCGACUGGAAACCGAUGCCCCCAAUUAAAACCAUGGCCAGCGCCUACAUCAAGUUGUUCGGCCAAGAGAUCGCUUUUGUCGAACUUAACCAGAAUGGCAUCCAAGAGCUCAUGAAGGCAAUGAAUAACCGAGCAAGAAGGGACGGGGUUAUCACAAGAUACAUUAACCAGCUCCAGCGGGGAAUUUCAACAAAAUGGACCAAAUCCUUGUUGGUCUCGGAGGUCCGGCACAUGGUGCCGACAUCAGUGGGUCUGCCCUUGGAACUUGCAUUCUAUUACACUGUGGUCUCAGCCAUCACGGCACAGGCCAAAGUGAAGUUCGAUCCAACCCCAUCCAAUUUAACGAUGCCUCAGUUCCUGAACAGUAGUAUUCAGAUUGAAUCUCAGCUGGUUGCAAGUUCUGUGAAGGACGUGAUAGGCAUCAUGGGGAUAAACAGCCCUCUGAUCCAGGCUGGAGUGGAAGUACAACUGAAAACCAGCACUCUCGUCCCCCUGAACGUCACUGGCAAAGUAAACUACAAGAAGAAGAACGUUCAAAUAGAGACACCCCCUCUGCAACGGGAAAGGCAACUGCUCUCCGUCAGAACACGGUCUUUUGCAUUCUCGAGAAACAUCGAGGACUUGGCCGCAGCGAGAAUCACACCACUGGUUCCAAGUGGCGAGUCUGGAGUGAGGAUCAGGAUGUGGAAACUGGCAAAGAAUUCAACCGGAGAUGACCAAGACAUGAUGGGGAGAGUGUUGCCUCUUGCCAUUCCCAAAGGGUCUGUCUGCUCUGCUGAAGACCCUCCAGUCAUCCCAAGCCCAACAGUCCAGAAGAGCUGUGUGAAGGCCAACACCUUUGGAUUUCAAAUGUGUUACGAGACCAGCGUGGAAGAGACUGGCCUCACCACCAACUCCCCCUUGUACAAAAUGGUCGGAGAUAAAUCGAUGGACAUCGCAAUCAAACCAGUUAUUACCUCAUCUCCAAUCAAAAAGUUACAAAUCGAAUUGCAGAUGCAAACAGGAGACAAACCUUUAGCAAAAGUCAAUCGUCUGAUGAAGAUGAACGACACAGAUUCCUCCGAAACCAUGCAAGCCGAGGGCAAGAUGGUCCUUCUCCGACUGAAGAAAAUCUUCCAUGCUAAAGAUAAGCUUCAGGAGGGACGCUUGCACAGAUACACCACGAGCAGCUCAAUGUCAAGUUCGAGCAGAAGAUCAACGAGAAGAUCGGCAGGGCGUAAGGAAGAGCGCCCAAGACCUCACGGUAGCCACACACCGACGGCAAGGGACAAGGAGUUGGAACACAGCAGCAGGCAUGGCAAGCUCCACGUGGAAGGUCGCACCAAGCACGGCAGAAGUUCUACGUCAAGUUCCCAAUCGUCAAGCAGAAGGUCAAUGAGAAGAUCAUUGGCCAACUCGAGAUCCCGUGAUGGCCACGCAUUAUCAGCAGAGCUCAGACGUGGCAAGCACCUGGAACGCAAGCAGAAGGGACAACGUGGACAGUCUGGUAUACACACGUCUGAGAACGAGCGAGGUGCGUCUGCUCAGCAAGAGUCGUCCAUCCAGACGACAGGCUGGUCCCUCUCUUCCUCAUCCUCAUCCUCGGCCGUGACCAGGGGUGAGCGCCGAGCGCCCACCCACCGCGGCUCCUCGAGGAGGUCCAGGAGACGUCAAGCCCCCAGUUCGUCCUCGUCGCAGUCCAGUUGCCGCAGUUCCAGCUGCAGGAGGAGAGCGUUCGGCCGACGGCCUGCCGGGGUCCCCGUGAGGAACAGCACCUUGCCUUCGUCUGCCUCCCUCAGCCGCUCGAGUUCCCUUUCUCCCUCCUCCUCCUCCUCCUCCUCCUCCUCCUCCUCCUCGUCCUCCUCAUCGUCACGGAGGGCGCCGCGGAACAGCGAGCAGACCAGGCGCUCCCCCUCACGCCGGUCAUCCUCCAGCCAGUCCAGCUCGCGCCGCUCUCCGCCCGCGGAGUCGAGACGCCGCAGACAAUCCGGCUCCUCACAGAGGCAGGAGGACACCUCCAGCAGUUCGCUCUCCCCGCACCGCAAGACGACGGAGGUAUGGCCAACGGCGGCAAGUCACGCCGGCACCGGCAAGCCGUGUAAAAGUGGCAGAUGCAUCAAAACCCAAACCAAGACCUACACAACCACCAUCCACCGAGUCAAGAAGCAUCGUCAGACCUGGGUGUCUCAUCCCGAAUCACCAAAAUCGGGAGGAAAUGUCUUCCAACUUCACUUCAAGCCGACUUCUAUCAACACGUCACAAAACAGAGGGCAGUUGAGUUUCGGGUCAUCGUUGGAAACCAGUUCAGAAUCCAGAACGAGUUACUCAAAAUCAUUCUCAUCAUCUUCAUCUUCAACCUCGUCUUCAUCUUCAUCGCAGCAGUCCACGUCCCUUGGAGAUUCGGCGUCACCAAUAUUCUCCAUGUUCACUCGAGCCAUCGCCACCGAUAACAAUGAGAGAGGCUACCAGACCAAGGCCUACCUGGACAGUUCAAUGGAGCAGCGAUCUUUACACGUUUUAGUGGAUGAGCUACAAGGAGGUGGGAAGUGGAGAGCUUGCCUCGAUGCCGAGAUGCCCAAUCCUCAUCGAGCAGUGGGUGUGAUGAAAUGGGGCAUAAACUGCCAGGAUUACAAGAUUGCAGCCAAAGCUACGACUGGUCACUUUAAACGUCACCCAGCCAUGCAGCUCAAAGCAAAAUGGGAGAAAAUACCUCAGUCCAUAAAAGAUGCCGCAGAAAUGAUUUCUGACAACCUGGCGGGUUUAGCCUUCAUGCUGGGAUUCUCUGAGAGACACGUCAAGAGUCCGUCUCACCAACUGUCCGUGGUGGCCGCAGCCACUUCUCAGCGAACCCUUGACAUUCUGGUGAAAACGCCAAAGCAUAUAUUCAGCCGACAAGCUCUCCUCAUUCCUGCGCCCCUCCCCUUUGAUGUCACCUCCCCAUCGGUCCAAAAAAGAGGACUGCAAGUCCUUGCUGAUUUACCUGCCAUGGUCUCAACAGCAUUCACAGCUGAGUGCACGGUCGUUCAGGACAUGUUCAGUCCGUUUAGCCAGAACAGCUUUAAGUAUCAAAUGCCUGAGAACUGUGGCCACGUUUUGGUCCAAGACUGCACCUCGGACCAGAAGUUCCUGGCGCUGAUAAAACGUAACGGAGAAUCGCUGACUGUGCAACUAACUCUCCCCCACAAUGAGAUAAUGAUGGAGUCGACAUCCAGAGGGCGUCCCCAACUGACAGUCAAUGGGAAAAAUGUGUCAAUGGAAAACCUUCCAUUCGCAGGCUUACGGUCGGUUUCCAUCGAGUGGAUUGAUGGUGGGUUGAAGAUAACAGCUCCAGAACUUGGUCUUCAAACCCUCUUCUUUGAUGGCAAAAUGAUUAAGGUCACCCAGAUGCCGUGGACGGUUGGGACGACGUGCGGACUGUGCGGCCAAGGCAACGCCCAACAGAGCGACGAAUAUCAGCUACCAAACCGCCACCGGACCAAGGAGGUUCUCAGAUUCGCACACUCGUGGUUGAUGACGGGAGAAAGCUGCAAAGACGGCUGCAAACUGACGAGGAGUACCGUGAAACUGGAUUAUCCGGUCACAGUGCACGGGCAGGAGUCCAAGUGCUACUCCAUCGAGAAGGUUCUACGUUGCCAAAGUGGAUGUUCACCGGUGAAAACUGUCUCUGUGGCUUACAGCUUCCACUGCCUGCCAGCGGAUUCGAACAUGAACCCGACUGAUGAGCAGCUGAAGUCCAUCAGCUUUGCGCAGAAGACUGAAGACCUGGAGAGCAGAAUUGAGGCCCAUGUCUCAUGCUCCUGUCCUCCCGACUGCAAAUGAGCAAUGUUUGAGGAAUAUCUGCCCCCAUCGUAACAAAGCCCUUGACUAGGCGAAUGCCAUCGAUGCAAUUAAAGAGGUGAAACGCUAUAGUGAAACAAAAACACACCCAAUCAUUCAAAAUGACUUAGUUUUAGAUGAACUGUCAACUGUCAAAUUCAAUAAAUCAGCAUUUAGCAAG